UGGGACCGCGGUCGGAGCCGCUUCCUCCGUUACUUGCCAGCGUUUAACGUCGUAAAACGAUCAAACUUGUUUUUUUUGCGGGUUUAAUCCGUUUAAUCCCGUUAAAUGUGGCUAUUUAUGUAACUGAAGCUUUAAAGCGCCCCGGCUGAGACGAGAAACGGCGGAUUUGGACCCGGAACCCGCCGUGCAGCGUUUGAUGCUACGUGUCCAGUCCGGCCCGGUGCCGGAGCGGUGCCGGCUCUGACCCGGCCCGCGGCCCGGCAGCAGAGCUCCGGAACCAUGAUGUACCAGUCCCGCAGGAGGCCGGUGCUGCACUUCAGAGAGGAGCGCAGGCUGCUCUCGGGCCGCUGCUCCGUCUACAAGCUCUUCGGCGUCUGCGUGCUGCUGGCGCUCGGCUCGCUGCUCUGGCUGCAGCUCAGCUGUUCGGGCGACAUCUCGUCGGCGGGGCGUGACGGGCACCACGCCCCCCAGCAGCAGGAGGCCCCGCCCCCGGCGCCGGUGGUGGCGGCAGCUCCGCCCCCAGCGGAUGACGGCUCCUGGGGGCCUCACAAGCUGGUGCUGGUCGUGCCCUUCAGGGAGCGCUUCGAGGAGCUGCUGGUCUUCGUGCCGCACAUGCACACCUUUCUCAGCCGGAAGAAAAUCCGCCACCAGAUCCUGGUGGUCAACCAGGUGGACCACUACAGGUUCAACCGGGCGUCUCUGAUCAACGUGGGCUACCUGGAGAGCGGCAACGACACGGACUACCUGGCCAUGCACGACGUGGACCUGCUGCCCCUGAACCCGGACCUGGACUACGGCUUCCCCCAGGACGGGCCUUUCCACGUGGCCUCGCCGGACCUGCACCCGCUCUACCACUACAAGACCUACGUGGGGGGGAUCCUGCUGCUCAGCAAGAAGCACUACCAGCUGUGCAACGGGAUGUCGAACCGGUUCUGGGGCUGGGGCCGCGAGGACGACGAGUUCUACAGGCGGCUCCGGAAGGCCCAGCUGCAGCUCUUCCGACCCACCGGCAUCACGACCGGGUACCAGACCUUCCAUCACAUCCACGACCCGGCCUGGAGGAAGAGGGACCAGAAGCGGGUCGCCACCCAGAAGCAGGAGCAGUUUAAGGUGGACCCGGAAGGCGGGCUGACCAACCUGCGGUACCAGGUGGAGCUGCGGCAGGAGCUGAGCAUCGGCGGCGCCCCCUGCACCGUCAUCAACGCCAAGCUGGAGUGUGACGAGGUCCAGACGCCCUGGUGCAUCCUGGGAUAGGAGGGCCGGCGCCGCCGG